AUGUUGGGACACUAUGAGGUAACCGAAUACCUUAUCGCAAUAGGAGCUGAUAAAAAUACUAAGAAUGAUGAUGGAUAUACCCCACUCAUUUUUGCAUCAAAAAUGGGAAAUUUUGAUAUUGUAAAAUAUCUUAUCUCUGUAGGAGCUAAUAAAGAUGCAGAGAAUAAUAAUGGAGAAACUGCGCUCGAUAAUGCUCUUAAUACACAAAUUAGAGAAUAUUUGCUUUCUAUGAAGUUUGACUAUUCUAAUUAA